AUGGCUAACAACAACAUUAAACUAUUGGCACCAGAUGUCCACAGAGGUCUGGCUGAAUUAGUCUCCAAGAGACUAGGUCUUCCAUUGACAGAUUGUGCUCUAAAGAGGGAUCCAACCGGUGAAGUCACUUUCUCUAUUGGUGAAUCUGUUAGAGAUCAAGAUAUAUAUAUCAUUACUCAAAUCGGUUCAGGUAUCGUGAAUGACCGUGUCCUUGAACUCCUGAUCAUGAUCAAUGCCUCUAAGACUGCAUCAGCAAGAAGAAUUACUGCGAUUAUUCCAAAUUUCCCAUAUGCAAGACAAGAUAGAAAGGAUAAAUCUCGUGCUCCAAUCACUGCUAAAUUGAUGGCUGAUAUGUUAACUACAGCAGGUUGUGAUCAUGUUAUCACUAUGGAUUUACAUGCAUCUCAAAUUCAAGGGUUUUUCGAUGUUCCAGUUGAUAAUCUUUAUGCUGAACCAAGUGUUGUUAGAUAUAUUAAAGAAAAUGUUAAUUAUGAAGAAGCUAUUAUUAUUUCACCAGAUGCCGGUGGUGCUAAACGUGCAGCAAGUUUAGCUGAUAGAUUAGAUUUAAAUUUUGCAUUAAUUCAUAAAGAAAGAGCUCGUGCUAAUGAAGUUUCUCGUAUGGUGCUUGUUGGUGAUGUUACAGAUAAGAUUUGUAUCAUUGUUGAUGAUAUGGCUGAUACAUGUGGUACUUUAGCAAAAGCUGCAGAAAUUUUAUUGGAAAAUAGAGCUAAAUCUGUUAUUGCAAUUGUUACACAUGGUGUCUUAUCAGGUAAUGCAGUUAAAAAUAUAAAUAAUUCAAAAUUGGAUAGUGUAGUGUGUACGAAUACUGUUCCAUUUGAAGAAAAGAUGAAAGAUUGUCCGAAAUUAGCUGUUAUCGAUGUUAGUGGUGUCUUAGCUGAAGCUAUUCGUCGUUUACAUAAUGGUGAAAGUAUAUCAUACUUAUUUAAACAUUAUCCAUUGUAG